GUCCCCAGGUAAACGUGUGCGUCUGUAUAUCGACAUUAAUCACGGAAGAUGUGAUAUAUUAUAUCUGCAGGUGUGUUAUACACAGGAUACGAUGGAGUUUAACCCCAUCAUAGUUGCCGCCCUUGACUUCGGCACCACCUAUUCUGGGUACGCCUUUCAGAUGCGACAUGACUACGAACGGGACCCACUAAAAAUAAACACAAAUUCAUGGAUUGGUAGUGGGAAACUGAUGUCACAGAAAGCCCCUUCUUCCGUACUUCUCUCUCCGGACAAAAAAUUCGAUUCGUUUGGAUAUGAUGCCGAAACCAAAUAUUCUGAAUUGUCAGAGGAGAACAAUCACAAAGGCUGGCUUUACUUCAGACACUUCAAAAUGCUUCUACAUAACAACAAGACACUUGGUCGGUCUACACUAAUAAAGGAUAUCAAUGGGGAGAUGAUGCCGGCCAAGACCAUCUUUUCCAUGGCGAUACGGUAUCUGAGGGAACACCUCUUAGGCAUGGCCCAGAAGCAGGUAGUAAGCGAUUUGGAUGAGGGUAUGAUCGGCUGGGUGAUCACAGUACCGGCCAUCUGGGACGAAGGUGCCAAACAGUUCAUGAGGGAAGCGGCGCAAGUUGCCGGUAUAUGUACUGACUAUCUCAAAUUGGCGUUGGAGCCUGAGGCUGCCUCCCUGUACUGUAUGAAAGAGCAUGCCAUUCGUGUGUGUGAAGAAAGCACGGGACGAACACCAACUCCAUUGUUCGAGGAGGGUUCCAAGUUUAUUGUGGUAGACAUGGGAGGAGGAACAAUUGAUAUGACAGUACACCAAAUAACAGACGGUCAACGCAUCCGAGAGAUCCGACGAGCGUCGGGCGGAGCAUGUGGUGGCACCACAGUGGACAAUGCUUUCCGAACGUUCUUACAGCAAGUUUUCGGCAACGAGGUCCUGGAGGCACUUAAGAAGGAUUCUAUGACAGACUAUAUCGAGUUGUUUAGAGAUUUUGAGGUGAAGAAAAGGGCAUUUAAAUCCGAGUGUGGUAGGAAAAUCGUGUUUCACAUUCCAGUAGCACUAGUAGAUCUGUAUCACUCUAUGACUGGCACUAAGCUUGCGGACAGUAUCGAAAAGUCUACUAAGCUUUCCAAAUGUGUUUCUAUGAAAAGAGACAAAAUGCAUAUUGGUUUCGAGGUGUGUACGGAGUUCUUCGGCGAGGCAGUAUCAGGAACAUUGAGUCACGUGCUAGAUAUCAUGACAGACGAUAUCACUAUGGUAGUGUUAGUGGGUGGGUUCUCAGAAUCGUCUCUCAUACAGGCAAACUUCCAAGAGAUGUUCCCAAACAAGUCCAUCAUCUGCCCACAGGAUCCUGGACUGGCUGUUCUAAAAGGCGCUGUAAUGUAUGGGUUUGAUCCCAGUCUCAUCCAGUCCAGAGUUAUGAAGUAUACUUAUGGUAUAGAGGUGAACAAUGUUUUUGAACCAAAAAUGCAUUCACCUGAAUACAGAUUCUGGAGCCCAAGAGACAACCAAUGGUAUUGUUCCAAAUGCUUUGAUGCGUUUGUCACGGCAGAAGAAGAGGUGAAGGAUGGAAGCGUCGUGACAAAGUUCUACAGUCCUGGAAACAAACAAAAUGAAGUGGAAUUCACUGUGUAUGCCUCCAACCAGAUACCAACUUACAUCAACGAACCGUCCUGUUUCCAAAUCGGCAAGAUCAAAGUGCAACGCCCACCCCAAGGUUGGAAUCCACAAGCUAUGCUCCAGGUAGAUAUACUUUUUGGAGGCACAGAGUUCACUGUGAAGGUGUCAGAUACUUGCCAAGGUUCAUCGUAUAUAAACAAAUUCGACUUCUUGCGGUCAUGACUUUGUAAAACAAUUUUAUAUUCUUUAUGUGAGUUUGAUGCUGCUUAAUGUGAAAUGCUUAGUGCUGUACUUCUAGUGACUUCCGGUUGCAUAUGUCCUCAGCUAUUGCUAGAACGCAAAAAGCCCAAACAAAUAAAACCAAACCUAAUGUGCGUAUACUGCCAUACUUUGGCCAAUUGGAGGACCGAGUAUUCGCUAGUCAAGGCCAUACACAACUAGAUUUGAUCAAGAUCAAAACACGGGAUUUCCAACAAGAAAAUGAUCGCAGACAUGUUCUCGUUCUGACGAACGCUUUCUACGUUUUACCUACGAUUUCUCUUCGUUUUCUCUUCGCUUCCCUUCUUUAACCAAUCUUUAAAAUAAGGUUUUCUUUCACAUACGAUGAAAAUAAACCGUU